AUGAUGGUUACUCAAAUUAUUGCUGGUUUAAAAAAUUUCUUCAUAUUUAAUUCUACACUCAGCACUAAGGAGGGAGAGGAACUUAAGAAAAUAUUAUAUUACUAUCCUGUAACAGACAAUACCGAUGUUCAGAUUAAAAAUGUAGGACUGGUCGAAGGAAUUGUACAAUUUACAGACACCUUUAGGCCGUCAUCGCCUGUUAGUUCUCUCCAUACCAAUAAAACAAGGCAUUUAUACUAUCAACCAGAAAAAGAUUUUUGGUUAGUUAUGACACUAAAACUUAACCGACCCACAAAAGAAAAAGAACUAUCAAAUGAGUCGGAAGAUUUGGAAGAUGAUAUUGAAGAUAGUGUAUAUCAAGCUCUAUUGAAACAAGCAUAUUUGAUGUACAGGCUCUUUUGGGGUACAUUUAGAGAUGCUAAAAAUACAGAUGCACUUAAAAUGACAUUGGAAUUAUUUUACAGAGCUUAUUUACAAUCGAUGAAGUUGGCAAAUGCAGAUAUUCUUAACAUGUUUUCUGGAAUACAGUACUUGCCUUUAGAUAAAGAUUGUUUUCUUAAAGUACAAACAUUUGUGAACUGUUUGGAAAGUACAUAUGACUUUAUUAUACACACAUCAUUUCUCUAUAAUGACUACUUGAUCUGGAGUGGCAUAGAACCAUCUGAUAUGCAAGUUGUUUAUCAAUAUCUAAUAGGAACACUAUUACCAGCUAACGUUGAGGCAGAAAUGCAAGGGGGGUCGAUUCCCAGAAAUUCUCCAUCACCCUUUGCUGCAUUACGCCAUGGUCGUUUCAUUACUGGUCCCUCGAAUUUAAAAUUAGCCCAAACUGUGGGUAAAGUUCCUAAAGUGUACCUUUUCGCCAAUGGAGAAUCACAGGAGUUUUAUCUAGUUGUUUAUAGAGCCCUUAGUGCAACUGUUUGUCUGUUUAUAAAAGGUGACACUGAACUUAAUUUAGAAUUAUUCAAAACUCUCGACGAUGUCAUCAACACCAAACUAAUAAACAUAGUAUCUGAUAUUGCAGACUACUGUUCAAAACAAGUUAUAACACCCAAUCUCUCCGAUACUGCUUCGAGAUACAUUUACUUUAAUAACAUAAACUUAGCAUACAAAAGCACAGCUCACUUGGAUAACAAGCAAAGUGGAAAUUUAGCUUGCCCGAAAGAAUCUGUCAGAAUCGCGGCAGAAAUGAAAGGAAACAUUCCAUUUUUGGGACAGGCGGGAGAGACUAUCGUCAAGACUAUGAAUGACUGUUGGGUAGUUAUGAAAACGUCCAAUCAUCGGGAGUUUUAUAUAGCACUUCAACAAAAGAACGCUAGUUUAAUUGAUAUAAGUGAGGAAGUUAAAAAACUUUGCGACACUGAACUCAAGGGCAUAUUCUUCAACCAACUUUGA